AUGUCCACCCGCUCAAUACGAAAACCGCGACGACUAGCCCCAGAAAUCCCUGAUGCGGCUGUGCAGCAUGCAGCCGCUGCAGCUGCAGCUUCGCGUGCAAUGCGCUCUAGUCAAGGCUCGUCUCAGGACUCGAAAAGCUCAUACGAACGACUAGGUGGUCCAGGAAAUUUUGCCAUCCCUCGAAGGCGUCACGGAUCAAGCCUUCGGAGCACUGAUGAUGGCUCGUCCGUCGGCCAGGGCGACUUGCCUAAAGCUCCAAAUCCCCGUCAUUCCAAAGAACUGACCGGCGUAUCUGCUCGAGCGCAUUGCUUCGAUGACCCUGCGGCCCUUCCCCCAAUCACAGAACUCGACGGACUUGAUGGACGAGACAGCUCAGUCCCCUCUUCAUAUCGCCGAUUGCGCAAGGCCAAGUCGAUGUUCUCGACCAGCCAGCGAACUUCACAGACCCCAUAUGGAGUGCCUACCCUUCCUUGCAGUGAUCCCCUUGAUCCCGAGCGCAGUCCUGGAUUCCAGCUGCCACGAACAAUGAGACGAUCCAUGUCUUUUCUUCGGGGAAGUUAUCAAUCCAAUCAAGUCGCUCCAACUUCUAAGGGUCAUGAUGCAGCUAUUCAGCUUGCUCGUAGCCAAUUUGCCCAGGAUCCCGACGCUGGAGGUGUUCAGACUCGCCGGCCAUCUUUCUUGCUAAGACGCAAGAAAGAGCAUAGGCCAUUUCGAAAGUCGUUCCGGGCCACAAGUGAAAGUGGUGUCGAUACCGGGCGUUCUCUUAAAUCUCGGUCUUUUUCCAAUUCCAUCAAAAACAAAUUCAAACGUGUGUUUGGGUUUUCCAGGCUCGAUCAACAACCUGGUAGCCCAGAUGCGUCCAUGGUAACCCCGGUUAGAAAAAGCAUUGAAAGAUUCUCCCCAAACAAGGUUACAGCCAUUGGGGAUGGCACUGAUUCCAACUAUUUCCGGCCAAUGCCCCAGUCUCCCAGCCAAGAGAGUCUCUGCACUUCCAAGUCGCGCGUCACCAGUUGGGCUGAUUCAACCACGCCGAACACAGUUACAACUCGGAAGCUAGGACAUCGCCAAUCUCUCUCUUUGAUUAGAGAGGACGGAGUGAAUCAGCAAAUACCACGGACGCCUACAAUGGAUGAUACGGAAAAUCAAUCUCCUCUAGCCGUGAGAGCAAACCCUCAUCGAAUUAGCAUUGUUGACAGUCAAGAUUUGUACACUGCGUUGAUGAAACAAAUGGGCCAAAAUUCCCUGCCUAAUCCCAACGAGGAUAUGGUCUUCGGCAAUGUGUCGCAGCAUCGUGUGAUCCCAGAGCGGGCGAAUUCGGUCUACUCCCAACAUGGCCGACGCAGUAUCCGUCAUGUCCCAAGCCAAGAAUCCUCGACCUCACCCGGUUCAUUCGCAACCGCGCGUGGUGGUGAUCAAUCCAGUCCACGAAAGUAUCCUCGCUCAGUUAGGUCGAUGCAAGUUUCUCGGGGCAUGCCGUCUCAGGUGAAAGAUCAACAUAUGACUGCUGUUUCGGACGCAAAGUCGCCGCAAUCAGCGUACGCUUUUUGCGAGGAAUCGGAUGAUGAUAAUUGUAGCGUUAUUGUUUCUCGGCUUCGGGCCUCGACAAGGGAUAUUGUUUCCCCAAGUGUCUAUUCCCGGACCACCAGUGGUAAUACCCCAACAAGAACUGACAAUACCGACAUCGGCGUCCAUGAUGAACCAGGAACAGCGACCAUCUUUACUUCACAGCGGACAACAUACAGCUCACCCAAGCGUACCAAUCGGGCUUCAUCUUCCACACCUAAUGUAAAGUCUAGUGCCGACUGGCAGCAAUGGAUGAGCUCGCAGAUUGAAAGAAUUGAGCAGGCAAGCCCCACAAGGGAGCACAUCAGAGAAUGUGCACAAUACCAGGAUGACGAUGAGUACUUUAUCAGCAUAGCUCGACGAGCUCCAGUCGCUGUCUCCGCUCCAGGUUCAGCAACUGUAAUCAGGGUUCCAGACAGCCAAAGUAUCACCGAGCGUAAAGCUUCCGCUGAGAACAGAAUCCCGUCACAAAGCAAUUUCUCCCGUCCAUUAACCCAGGCUUCCGGCAUGCGAACCAUCAUGCCAUUGCAGACAACCAAGUCAGAGAAUAUGGUGCAGUCUUACGCUAACUCACUGUCCUUGGAUACCGCUGCUAAGUCCGGUGAAAAUGAUUCACCCAAGUCAAUUCCCGUUGCCUGCAAUCAACAACCGUCGCCAAUUCGACUAAGAUCUGGAAACAUGCAGCCACCAGAGUCCCCAACUCCCAAAGGAGUGGGAGCAAAACGAUCCUUGACCAAGGAGCAACAGCGACGCUAUUCAUCCAGGCGUGCUCCGAUCUCCCAAGAUAACAGGAUCAAUCACUUCCGGUCCAUGCGCACUCAACGAGACAACCGUGCAAACAAUGAAAACGUGAGGCAGCAGUAUGAGUACAACGACAUGAUGGAGAACUACCAUCAACUUCAAGACAUUCAUUCCACAGUCUCUAGCAAGCGCAUGGUGGAUAUGUUCUUGGACAGUCGCCGUCGACAAAUGGGUGAAGUCACUGACAACGAUACAACCACAGAGGCUUUUCUUUGA